CAUUUGUAGUGUUUCCAGUGGCUUUGAGUGAUGGUUAAAGGUGUUGCGAUGGUGAUGUCAGUCAGUAUGGCUCCUCCACUUCCUCUGAUCUUUCUGCUCAUGAUGCAGGGGGUUUAUAGUGUGGAUUGGGGUGUGAGUUACAGUUCUUCAAACAUCCGUGCACUAAAGGGCUCAUCAGUGAUCAUGUCCUGCACUUAUAAAUACCCUCCUGGAUAUAAGAUAGAGAAAGUGUUCUGGACCAAAACUGAUGUUAAAGAACAAGACAAAGAGUUUCCAGAUCUUUUUAUUGACUCUGAAUACAGUCAGAGGAUUCAGUAUCUGGGAGAUAAACAGCAGAACUGCACCAUCAGACUGAAUGAUGUGACACAGAAGGAUUCACAUAUGUACUAUUUCAGAUUCAUUACUGAUAAACCUGAUGGGAAAUGGCUUGGUAAACCUGGAGUGACUCUAAAAAUCACAGGGGUUUAUAGUGCUGGUGAUUGGGUUGUGAAUUACAGCUCUUCAAACAUCUGUGCACUAAAAGGGUCAUCAGUGAUAAUGUCCUGCACUUAUAAAUACCCUCCCGAAUAUCAAAACUUGAAAGUGUUCUGGACCAAAUGGAAACAAAUGGAUGUAGAGCCUUCAGAUUUGUCUGAUGACUCUGAAUACAGUGAGAGGAUACAGUAUGUGGGAGAUAAACAGCAGAACUGCACCCUCAGACUGAAUGAUGUGACACAGAAGGAUUCACACGAGUACUAUUUCAGAUUCAUUACUGAUGAACCUGAUGGAAGAUGGAUUGGUAAACCUGGAGUGACUCUACAUAUCACAGAUCUUCAUGUGGAGUCUCCUGAGAGCGUGACAGAGGGAGAUACAGUCAGUCUGACAUGUAAAAGCACCUGUAAUCUGACUGACAGAGCAACAUUCAUCUGGUUGAAAAACACACAGUCAUUAACUGAGAGAAACAAUAAACUCCUCCUGCAGUCAGUCAGAAGAGAGGAUGCAGGCAGAUAUAGCUGUGCUGUACACGGACACAAACUCACAUCACCUCAUGUUUAUCUCAAUGUCACAUAUACCCCAAAGGAGACAUUUGUUGUUGUGAGUCCAUCUGGUGAAAUAGUUUUGGGUGAUUCAGUGAAUCUGACCUGCAGCAGUGAUUCAAACCAACCUGUUCUGAACUACACCUGGUUUAAGGAGAAUACAACUGUAGGGUCUGGAAAAAUCUACAGCAUCACAAGUAUCCGCUCUGAUCACAGUGGAGAAUACAAGUGCAAGUCCAGAAAUGAAGUUGGAGAGAAAUACUCUGAUGCUGUCACUUUAAAUGUCAUGUACUCACCCAGGAAUGUGUCAGUGUCCAUGAGUGGAUCUGGUGAAAUAGUUUCAGGUGAUUCAGUGAAUCUGACCUGCAGCAGUGAUUCAAACCCACCUGUUCUGAACUACACCUGGUUUAAGGAGAAUACAACUGUAGGGUCUGGAAAAAUCUACAGCAUCACAAGUAUCCGCUCUGAUCACAGUGGAGAAUACAAGUGCAAGUCCAGAAAUGAAGUUGGAGAGAAAUACUCUGAUGCUGUCACUUUAAAUGUCAUGUACUCACCCAGGAAUGUCUCAGUGUCCAUGAGUGGAUCAGGUGAAAUAGUUUUGGGUGAUUCAGUGACUCUGACCUGCAGCAGUGAUUCAAACCCACCUGUUCUGAACUACACCUGGUUUAAGCAGAAUGAAAGCUCAGCUGUUGGAUCUGGACAGAGUUACAGUGUACUACAGAGUGGAUUCUUCUACUGUGUGGCUCAGAAUCAACAUGGAUCUCAGAGAUCAGCUGCUGUCUCAGUCACUGUUAAAGGAGGACAUAAAACAGCGCUGUAUACAACUCUUGCAACUGUGGCUGGAUGUGGAUUUUUAAUUAUUAUCUUCACUAUUUUGUACAUGAGGAAGAGAAAACGUGAUCAUGGAACUUCAGACAUCAGGCAAAAGCAGGUUCCACCUUUGACGUCUGACAGAACCCGCCAUGAUGAUCAGUAUGAAAAUGUUACACCAAAGAGACUCAGAGGAAAAGAUAUUGUACAGAUCCAGUAUGCAACUGUCCAACAUCACAGACACAAAGAGAACGAAACACAGUAUGACAAUAUUAGAACUUAUGAGCCUGGUGCUGCCAUGAGAUCUGCUGUUCAAGUAACGGGGGAUAAAUCAGUGGUUUACAGCACUGUGAAAUGAUCAACAGAUCAGUUCAGCACACAGACCAUCUUCUAGGACACGUCAAAUUUAUCAGGAUUCCAAAUGAAUAUAAACAGUAAAUCGCAGAGACUUGCUUUUUCCCCAAAUUCUCUUUUCCAGAGCAUUUAUACCAAGGGCUUAGAUUUGGCUUGAACUUUGAGGGGGAUGCAGUGUGAAGCAUUUACAUGUUUCCAUUGAUCAUGGUAUAAAUAAGUACUUGCUUCUUUUGAUUAUUGGGGGUGUUUCCUCCCCCCAUUCUCCCUGGAAUCUACGCCCCUGAUUUAUACUGUAAAAAGUGGUAACGUGCAGUUGUUAUUUCAAAAGAAUAUUUUGUAAACAGAGCUGUUCAGUUUGUCGUCCUAAAACCUGAAAGAUAACUAGUCUUUUAUCAUUUUUAAUAGCAAAUUUAGAUUUUUGAUGUGCAACAUAAAUUACAUACAUAAAAUGUAAAUUUUGAAGUCACUGUUGCUAAAUAAGGACUACAACAAGCACAAGGAUGUGAGUUUACAUGCUUGGUGAAUUGCACAAUCAUUGUAGUAAUUAUUUUACUCAUAAAUCUGAAACUGUCAAGAACCCAUUGGAAAUUGCCAAAGUAACCCAUGUCGAAUUGGCCUACAAAUUGAUGUCAUGUCUGCCUCUCAUUUCUCAAUAUAACUUGUAUCGCUUCAUGUAAGAAUAAAUAAAUUCAUAAUCUAAACCCCAUGUGGUGCUUGCGGCAACUGAAAUGUAUAUUUUAAAGAAAUCCAAGCAAAGCUGAUUAGAAAACAUGUUGUACACUUAUUUGAGGCUUAAUGAUUCUAGACAAGCAUAAAAUAUAUUAAGAAUUGUAUUAUUAGGAGGGGCCUGGGUAGCUCAGCUAGUACUGAUGCUGACUACCACCCCUGGAGUCACAAGUUCGAAUCCAGGGUGUGCUGAGUGACUCCAGCCAGGUCUCCUAAGCAACCAGAUUGGCCCGGUUGCUAGGGAGGGUAGAGUCACAUGGGGUAACCUCCUCGUGGUCGCUGUAAUAUGGUUCUCACUCUCGGUGGGGCGCGUGGUGAGUUGUGCAUGGAUUCCAUGGAGAAUAGUGUGAAGCCUCCACACACGCUACAUCUCCGCAGUAACGUGCUCAACAAGCCACGUGAUAAGUUGCUCGGAUUGACGGUCUCAGACGCGGAGGCAGCUGAGAUUCGUCCUGAGAGUCACUACACCACAACAAGGACUUAGAGCGCAUUGGGAAUUGGGCAUGCCAAACUGGAGAGAAAAAAAAAAGAACAUUAUUAUUAGAAUGAUAUUCUAUUGAAAGUGUAUCUGUUAGUUUCCUCAGUUCAAUGUCUUGUGCAUGUUGGUUUGUGCUGUAACAUGAAGAGCUUUAAAAUGUUUCGAUAUAAACUCUUAAGAUAUAUAUAUUUAUAUAUUUUAUUUUAUUUUAUUUUAUUUUUAUUUUUUUGCUAUGGUUUUUUAGUAAGUACCAUUGUGAUAUAACCUACAUAUGAACACACUCAAGGUAGCUGAAAAAUCACAGAUUGAUUAUUGCUCUGCUGACAGCCGAUGAUAACAAAAUAUACCGUAUAUGAUGUCAAAGGUGAAAUUCCUAUAGGUACAGUUCCUGAUUUAAAAAUUAAGGUUAAUUUGGCAUAAUGUGAGCUUUUAUCUUUUACACUUUUUUUAAUCUAACAUAGAUUUGUCCACCAAAAUAUCCACAGAGCACUUCAGUGUCUUUGAUAUUGCUGGUGCGUUCGUGACAGUCUUUCAACAUCAUGCGCUGAUGUCUGUAAUUGGGUUAGUGCAGGAGGAACUAGUGAGAUUUACCAAUACCAAAGACUAGAAAAAAGUUCCAGCAGAAUAUAUAGGCUGUUAUUUAUGUGGUGUGUUUAGUUCUGUGUAUGUCUGUGGUUUGGACUGACGAAAGGGUCUUUGUGUGAAGUCACAGCAUCUGCUAGUACAUUUUGUAACAUUUGAAAAUAUGAAUAUGAUUAUAAUGAAUAAAUAGUAUCAUGAAUGCAUGUUAUGUAUGUACAACUAGACUGCAUGUUUGCAAUGCAUUAGCCAAACAUUUACAUCUGUAUUUGCGUAGAAAAUAGUAAUUGUUUAAUAAACAUUUCAAUUCUU